ACGUCUGUCUGAUAUUAAAACAGAAGACAUAGAAGAAGAAGAAGUGACUGAUAUAAAGGAAGAAGAUAUAGAGGGAGAAGAAGAGACAUAUGUGACUGAUAUAAAGGCAGAAGAUACAGAGGGAAAAGAAGAGACGUAUGUGACUGAUAUAAAGGCAGAAGAUAUAGAGGGAGAAGAAGAGACGUAUGUGACUGAUAUAAAGGCAGAAGAUAUAGAGGGAGAAGAAGAGACGUAUGUGACUGAUAUAAAGGCAGAAGAUAUAGAGGGAGAAGAAGAGACGUAUGUGACUGUUAUAAAGGCAGAAGAUAUAGAGGGAGAAGAAGAGACGUAUGUGACUGUUAUAAAGGCAGAAGAUACAGAGGGUGAAGAAGAGACGUAUGUGACUGAUAUAAAGGCAGAAGAUAUAGAGGGAGAAGAACAGACGUAUCUGAAGGGUGAUCAGCAGUGUAAGGAGGAGGAAAUCCCUACAGAUAUCAGCACAGCAGAUGGACACACAAGCAGGAAUAUCUCAGAAGGACAUCUAAUGUUAUCCCCGGAUUGUGACAUAAAAGAUAAUGACAGUAGACAGGAUUCUCCAGGAGAUAACCCCAUUACCCCAAUUAUACAUCCAGCUCUAUCAGCUGAUCCCCCUGAUCCUGGGAAAUGUUCUCCUGAUCACUCUGAUAUUGGUGCAUCUGUUACAGCUCUGACAGUAGAUACAGUGUUUCCCUGUUCUAUAGAUGCCAAAUGUUUUACACAGAACACAAAGCGUAUUAACCCACAGACAGGUAAGGCAAGUGAAAGGCCACUGAUAUGUUCUGAGUGUGGGAAAUGUUUUACAUACAAAUCACAUCUUGUUAUACAUCAGAGAAGUCACACAGGUGAGAGGCCACUGACAUGUUCUGAGUGUGGGAAAUGUUUUGCACGGAAAUCACAUCUUGUUAUGCAUCAGAGAAGUCACACAGGUGAGAAGCCGUUUCCAUGUUCUGAGUGUGGGAAAUGUUUUACACGCAAAUCAGAGCUUGUUAAACAUCAGCGAAGUCACACAGGUGAGAAGCCGUUUCCAUGUUCUGAGUGUGGGAAAUGUUUUGCACACAAAUCAGAUCUUGUUAGACAUCAGAGGAGACACACAGGUGUGAAGCCAUUUUCUUGCUCUGAGUGUGGGAAAUGUUUUACACAGAAAUCACAACUUGUUACACAUCAGCAAAUUCACACAGGUGAGAAUCUGUUUUCUUGCUCUGAGUGUACGAAAUGUUUUACACGGAAAUCAGAUCUUAUUACACAUCAGCGAAGUCACACUGGUGAGAAGCCAUUUCCAUGUUCUGAGUGUGGGAAAUGUUUUGCACACAAAUCAAAUCUUACUAAACAUGAAAGAAGUCACACAGAUGAGAAGAUAUUUUCAUGCUCCGAGUGUGGGAAAUGUUUUACACGGAAAUCAGAACUUGUUAGACAUCAGAGAAAUCACACAGGUGGGAAGCAAUUUUCUUGCUCUGAGUGUGGGAAAUGUUGUUUAAGUAAAUCACAUCUUGUUACACAUCAGAGAAGUCACACAGGUGUGAAGCCAUUUUCUUGCUCUGAGUGUGGGAAAUAUUUUACACAGAAAUCACAACUUGUUACACAUCAGCGAAGUCACACAGGUGAGAAGCCAUUUUCUUGCUCUGAGUGCGGGAAAUUUUUUACACAGAAAUCACAUCUUGUUAGACAUCAGCAAAGUCACACAGGUGAGAAGCCAUUUCCAUGUUUUGAGUGGCAAAUGUUUUGCACGGAAAUCAGUUCUCUUUAUACAUCAGAGAAGUCACAAAGGUGAGAAGCCAUUUACAUGUUUUGAGUGUGGGAAAUGUUUUGCACAGAAAUCAGUUCUUGUUAUACAUCAGAGAAGUCACAAAGGUGAGAAGCCAUUUCCAUGUUUUGAGUGUGGGAAAUGUUUUGCACACAAAUCAGUUCUGGUUAGACAUAACAAGUCACACAGGUGUGAAUCCAUUUUCUUGCUCUGAGUGCGGGAAAUGUUUUACACAGAAAUCACAUCUUGUUACACAUCAGCGAAGUCACACAGGUGAGAGGCCAUUUCCAUACUCUGAGAAAUAAGCUUUUGUUGCACACAAUAGACUUCACUCAGGUGAGAAACCAUUUUAAUCUUCUGGAGUAUACUUAUCAUUGCCAUGUAAUGUUCCUCAAGAUUCUGUCCGAUCUCUUAUGCUUUUUGCAAUAUACAUGCAACAGGUCCUUCUGAUAGAAGCUCACCAACAAAGGGCAGGGCUACAGCUCAGCUUUGCAAACCAACCAGACUUAAGCAUGGGGGUUCAGAGUAACAAAAUGCUGAUCAUGGGGGUAAUUCUGAGUUGAUCGCAACAGGAAUUCUGUUAGCAACUGGGCAAAACCAUGUGCACUGUUGGGGAGGCAGAUAUAACAUUUGCAGAGAGAAUUAGAUUUGGGUGGGUUAUUUUAUUUCUGUGCAGGGUAAUACUGGCUGCUUUAUUUUUACACUGCAAAUUAGAUUGCAGAUUUAACUCACCACACCCAAAUCUAACUCUCUCUGCACAUGUUAUAUCUGCCUCCCCUGCAGUGCACAUGGUUUUGCCCAGUUGCUUACAGAAUUUCUGCUGCGAUCAACUCAGAAUUCCCCCCCAUGUGCGGAAUCUUGGGGGUAAAUUUACUAAGAUGGGAGUUCUAUUUAAGAUGGGAUGUUGCCAAUAGCAACACAGCCAGACUCCAGCACUUAUUUCCCUCAGAAGAUCUACCUACAGUCAUACAUGUACUUGUAUCAUCACACAUAGACUACAGCAAUGUCCUCUACCUUGGUCUCCCAGCAAAAGAAUUGCACCGCUUGUAGCUUGUACAGAAUGCAGCAGCCAGGCUGUUACCUAACCAGCCCGUUCCUGCCACAUAACACCCAUUCUCUGCUCCCUUCACCGGCUGCCUGUAAGAUGGUGACUAUUACAUAAUCUUACUGAUUCUCCCAGCCCUACAUGAUCCGGGUCCAAGGUACCAGAAGCAGCGCCCUGUUUGGUUCCAUCUGCAGAUGAAGGACUUUAACCAGCAGUAUCAUAGUUCCCCAAGCAGUGCUAAGAUGUCGGGUGACACAGGGUAGGUGGUACCUUUGCAGUAGCGGGGGCUGCCAGAGCAGUGUGUACAUAAUGGAAAGCUGCUGAAUCAGAUUGUAAUGUCACUCAGGUGCUAAAAGGGAGGGGUAAAUCUGUGUAGGAAAAACUGUUCCCUAAUGCACACCGAGUGAAAAAUAUUACUACAUAAUAGUCAGAUAAUACGGAGAUCUUAGUUGCGUAUAUCUGCAGAUAUAGGGUUAAGCCCCCAGGCUGAUCGACAAGGCUUCUCCAUCACUGGGGGUCCCUAAUACUAGGUAUGGGUCAGGGGUGCAGGACCCCACAAUGUUGGCACAGGUCGGCCACCCCAGGUCAGCACACAGGUGAGAAUUAAUAAUUAAUAAGAAGCACAUAAGAGCUAUGUAAGUGGUGUGAUUAAAAUAAUAUAUACAAAGUGAUAGGGAAAAUCACAAGUGUUAAUAAAGUGUUAGGGUGUGCCGACCUGAAGCAGCCCAGCCAUACCGACACAGGGGCCACCACACCCCACACCCACCCCAUAAAUACUUACAAAUAUGUCUGGGUUAAAUUCCCAGUGUAAGGCCACAUGGUAAUGGCUCCUACAGCAUCUGAGACCCAGCUUACUUGGGGAUACCCCUGGCUUCCCCUAUGGCACUAUGGAGUCAGCAAUCCCUCCUAAUGCUGACCCAUCUAUGCCUCUCUAAAUACAA